AUGGGGCAAAAUGAAGAACAGGCUCCAAGGAGCGACGUUCAGGUUUACACAUCGGAAAGGCUGAGACAGACUUUACAAGCCUAUCGUAAGCGACCUGACCUGGCAUUCGACAAAACGACCCACGUCAAAGUCGACAUAACGAUUGCCGACGGUCAAGACGUCUCUGUGUGGAUCUCAAUCUUUCCGUCCGGUCUCCCUCCUCAGGUCAACUUUGAAUGUCAAGUCGAGUAUUUAGGUGAUUCUCCCUUACCGGAUAUAUUCCGUCACCAACUUGAAUCCUUCCUCUAUAUCGAAUACCCUCGAGUCCACUGGGAUGGAACGUUCACCCAUGUAGACACGCGAUCGACCUCGAAUAAUAUCGUCCCGGCGACACAACAGUCAUCUGAUUCUCAGCAAUCGAACAAUAUCGUCCCGGCAACACAACAGCAAUUUCUGUUGAAGAACGCGAGAGUGAUUCAAAAGGCUGUGACGAGCAUCAGUAAUGGGUUCAAGUCCCAAAAAGCCCUUGCAGAUGGCCUACCAGUUCUGUACUUACAAGAAGGACUUUCGCUCGAAGAAUAUUCUGGCCUCGUCCUUUCUCACGCCAAAGACUUUGGAAAAUCCUCAAGCUCUAUUCGUGCAGCCUGUGGUUUGAUUGAAGGUUGUGUUCAGCAAAUGCUCGUCACCUCAUCCAAUACACAGCUGGUGCUUUCAGACUCCCUAGGACCGGCGUCUCCGCAGGACUCGAAAUUCCGGCAGGAGCUGCGACGCUGGCGGGGUCGCGCCUCCAUCUUGAACACUGUUGUCAACGAUCUUUGGCCAAUUUUCGGACAGGACUCGUGCCGAGUCUAUGAAGCCCUGGUUGCUAGUGGCUUCUGUUUAACGAAACUUGCUGAAUUGGCCGAGGAUACGUGGACUAUCACCGGAAAGGGAAUCGCGAGGGGUCUUGUUGAACCUCUUCAAGAUUGCAUUAAGUCCCACGAUCGCCAGGCUCCAACCGCUUUCUUCGAUCCUCUGGUGAUCGCGAGCCACAUCACAGGAACGAAUUAUCAUAGACCAGGUCCGCUUGGCACAGUUGGUAACGAGGUCUCCCCGUUUCUACAAAUCUUCAGAUUUGAGAAAGAAAGGCGAUCGCCAGAUUCCAGCGACCAGUCCAGGAUAGAUCAGGACGAUGUAAGCAGUACAGCAUCAUCACAACUCUCAGUUGUGAUGCAUGGACGAGGUGGACGGCAAGGGGCAGGCCCGCUUUCGCCUCCUAGCUCAACACAGGAUCACGAUAAAGACAACAUGGAGGAAGACGGCCUUUGUCUCCCAUCAUUAGCUCAUGACGAGGGAGACCCAUGCUUGUCGCAGGCUUCCACCGGUGGAACAUCUGGCUGCCACUCAAGUCCUGAUCCAUAUAGACCCUUCUUUACCGAUAUAACUGAUCUCUCCUCCAUUGCUUAUCCAUCUUUUACCGACAUAACUGGGUUACCUUUUGGUUAA